AUGUUAUCUGUAUCGGAAACCACAUCAAGGAUCACAGAAGAUGCUACUGCGUCAAAUCAACGACAGAAGGGAGAGAGAUUAUUCUAUGGCGAAGCUGCAAAAAAAAAUGAAUUAGAAUACGAAUUGUUGAAAUUAUCCCCAAGAGACAUUGUAUCUCCUUCUUCUCACCCGCCUUUGAGAACUCUUGUCGCUGGCUUUUCUUUUGUCUCCUCCGUACUCUCUUUCCGUCUUUAG